AUGUUGCUACAAGGAGGAAAGCAGGGGCAAAACAAGCAGCCAUUACAAGACGUCAGAAGAAAACCAGCUCUGCGAUCAACAACGAGUAGUCCAAAGGUGAGAUAAACUAAAAAUUGCCAAUGUACAGUACUUUAUUUUUGUGUUCUAACCGUGACAUUACUAGAUUGUGUUUUAGUUCAUCGACUUGCUUGUCUUAGCUAUAAAUGCUUAGGGUGGCAAUAAAUGAUCAUGUUUGUUCCUAAAAAGGAUUUCUUCAUGGUUUUAUAGAUGUGUUGUGUUUGUCGGCAAGGCGAGUUUGGCAAGAUGAUUGGCUGUGACAACCCUAUCUGCACAGUGAAAUGGUUUCACAUGGAGUGUGUUGGACUAUCUUCUGCUCCAGAUGGUGACUGGAUUUGUACGAUUUGCAAAGGUGCGCGCAAACACCUUUUAUCAACGAUUUUGGUCAUUUUCUCGAAUUUAAUACUAUUAACCCCAAUAACCAUUAACGUGCAGGACUGUUCCCUUUUAUUAUUAAAAUGGUCUGACGUUAGACACAGUAAAAUGAUUAAGUAGGACGCAUGCUGGUUACACGCCGCAUUGCAUGUUGAAGGGUUAAAAUUGUUUUUAGAUGCUACUUUUGGGAAAUGGUUGCAUUGUCUACAUAAGCACUAAUCACGUAACUUUUUUUACUGUUGUUUCUUUAGGUGUUGACAUGUUUUGUUUAUGUGGGCAAGGCGAGUAUGGGGACAUGAUCGCCUGUGACAACCCCACUUGUCCAGUCGAGUGGUUCCAUAUGGGUUGUGUUGGAUUAUCGUCUAUACCAGAUGGUGAUUGGAUAUGCACUUUCUGUAAGGGUAUGUAAGCAAUAUCCACUGUUUAUCGUUUCUAAGUCCGAUCCACUGCUUAUCGUUUCUGACUCCGAUUUAGCCUUCUAACUAAUUUGAUAGCUGACAUGGCUGAUAUUAAACAAUGGUGUAUCUGUGGAAUCUUUAAAAAUGUGGUAUCUAAAGCUGAUUUAACCCACAAAACAUUGUAAGUAUCAUACACAUAUUAUGGUUGUUAUAUUAUGAGAAACAAUAUAUAAAAAUAUAUCGAAUCCCGCUACACAGUUCACUUCCGUCCACUACGUAUUUCCGCUAUUAGAACACAACAAUGGUAAAAGAAUUUCCUAAGGAAAUUUGCACUGAAUAUUUAAUUUUUAAUAAAUAUCUUACAAUGUAAUGUCUUAUUAAAAUUAUUUGAGUAUAAUUUAUAAAAAAAGCCAGGAAACAUUGUUUCCUGCCAGAGUGAGCAAACACUAGGAAACAUUAGUGAGAAACAUCAAAUUUUUCUGAAUUUGCUAGGAAAUAUUUUUGCUUCUCGGGAAGCAUCGAUAAUCACAAAUGUUUCCGCAACAAUGUUACCUAGGUUUAGGCCAUGGCUUAGGGCCUGUUCAUAUGAUCCCGCUUACCGGAAUGUCUCGAUUACUGAUGAUCUUGCUGCCUAGUUAUUUUCCUACAAAAUUUUGCAUUGUGUUCACAUGAGAUAUGAGAUAUACUAAAAUCGCUAAAUAUUUGUGUUGCUUGACUGAAAUGUAGAAGUUUUGCAUACGCUAAUCAUAGAACAACAUUGUAAUUUAAUCUCGGCAAGUGGGACCAUAUGAACAGCCCCUUAAUACAUUGAAAUGUUCAGAAGUAACAGUCCAAACACCAUUGCUGUUCCAUCUGCCUGUAGGUGUUUGUUCUGCGCCAAUUCAAGUCUGUGGGACAUCUCCCCUAUAAACGCUCGCAGAGGCGAUGGCCAUCGGUUUCUCAGCCCCGUCAUGCUUUUGCACAAUGCAGCAGCCCAUGCGAAUGAAGGUCGUCCUGCCAGUCCUGUUCUAUCUCAUCCAGAUAUUGAACGUAUGAUGCCACAUCCAAGCAGCUGA